CGACACUGCCACAAUCGAGCAGCAAAGUGCAAAUGGCGACCGUGCUGGCGAUGCCGGACGUCGGCACGACCCAAGUGGAAGACAUGGUGACCGACGUCUUCGAUAUGGUCGCGGUGAGCAGUUUUGUCGCUUCGAGCCUGCGCACAGACCCCGUUCUGCGAAUCCUACUCUGUCUCUACGUUCUUCUCGUGGUCGUCGUCGGUGUCCCGCUCGUGCUUCUGCCAGUUCUCGUAUGUCUCAAGGCCGACGGCGUGCUCACGGCGUCAUGGACCGCAACGCUGACGCCGCUUUGGAUCACGGACGUUGUGCUGCUGCUUCUAGUGCUUGUCAUCACGGAUUCCUCGCCUUCGUCGCCAACCACAGAUGAUACGACCAGCGACGACGCCACCGUCGUUCUUGACGCUAGCAUCGAGGUGAAGGCCAAUAGCAGCCACGGUACCGAUGACGAGGCCGCUGCCCCGAGCGACGAGGAUGACAACGCCAGUGACAAAAAAGCCACCGAACUGGUCAUUAGCACCGAGAUGGGCGCAAGUCCCAGCGACGAUACGGCCGUCGACGCCAGCAAUGACGACGAUGCGAGCGACGCUGACACGGCCUCCAAGCCCUUUCUAUCAAGGGGCACGCUCUACAGCACGAUGGGCUUGGUCGUCUUUCACAUUCUCGUGGCCCUGCGCCUCGACGACGUCAUUCGAUGGCCGUGGACGGUGCUCUUGGCGUCGCUUCUCGCCGCGGAUAUGUGCAGCGACUGGUUUGCCGUGAGCAUCGCCUUCACGCUCCAGUAUGCGCUCGUGCUACUUCGACUGGACGGGCUCCUCGGCUUUGGCUGGGGCUAUGUCUUUAUACCCACAUGGCUGCUACUAGGCCUUGUGCUGGCCGGUCUUGGGUUUCUGAUGUUUCUUCUGCUCGAUGAUAACGACACGUCAUCGUCCAACUUGCUGGCGUGUGGCGGCCUCACCUUGCUGAUUGUUUGCGUCGGCGCGCCCGUCGCGUUGUUGGCGCUGCUCACGCGGCAACUGGACGCGGAUCCUGGGUACUCGGCCCUUGUGAUUGGCUUGCCCUACUUUGGCGCCAUGGCACUUUUGAUUGCCGUCGGUGCGGUCAUUGUCCUCUUUUACGUUGAAGACGACGCUGAAGUAGAAGCUGUUUGAAACGAGGGAUUUCGAAAGAUCGCUCUCGUCCCAGAGCUGACGUCGUUGUGCUUAAGAACAGGCCAUCGAGCGUCGAGCCUGAGCGCCACGAAGAGUCCGACCCCGCGAUGCGUACUAUACUCGUUGGAUUAGAAUCACAAAACAAAACAACGUUGCUGCCUCAGGCUUGACGCGCUA